AUGGCAACCAACGACGCCGGCGACGAGUUCCGAUGGCUGCGCCACGUCUGCGCCGCCCCGGUGCUGCCGCUCGCCUACCAUCUGCGCUGGCGAAGCGAGCUCACUGCAGCGUACACAUCGCCGGCCAUCUACGGCGUCGCUGGCGGCCUCAGUCUUCUCAGCACCGUCGCCCUGCACGCAGUGCUCCUCACGCUUCUUCAGCGCUGGGUGUACGACGACCUUGAGAUCCAACUGCGACAAGCGGCGACGACCAAGAUGGCCCGUCGCGACUGGAAAGCUGCGAGCGAGGACUGGUCGCGAAUCCUCCGCCUAAAUCCCUCGGACGCUGACGGCUUGAAGCAGCGCGGGCAGUGCUUCUUGCACCUUGGCGAAACCGACAAGGCGACCUCGGACUUUGCACGAAGCUUGGCGCUCCAUCCCGCCGACAGCAUUCUCCACGAGCAACUGAACAUACUCCGACCCAACCAGGUGCCAUCAUCGCCACCUCAACAUGGUGUUUGGAGCAAGGUCAUUGCGCCAUUCGCCUUGUUGAGCGUUGGGUCGCAGUCCACAUGGAGCACGCGCGUGCUCGUCCUGCUGCUUUUACCGAUCUUGCUCGCCUGUCUGCUGCUCCACGCACUUGUCCGAGGCGCCGUCAACGUCCUUAUCUCGUCCCUUCAUCUCGCGUGGCGAUCGGCUCGCGCUCUCGUGCGACAGACGUGGCGCGCUCUCCAGGCCAUCCAUGCCUUGUGGCUGGCGACCGUACGUGUGAUGGCGACGACCGUCGAUGCCGCGGUGGCAAGAACACGAGCGAUCGUAGCUCGCGUCUAUACCAACCUCUAUCAGUGUGUCACCGAGCAGAUCCCAGAUGCGGUCACCUAUCUCCGCGUCUCGUGCCUUGCAUUCAUCCUCUCGGUCCUUCUCUGCACGGAACGGCUUGUCAGAUAUGGCGCGGACCUCCUGUGGCGCUGCAUUGAAGUCUUUCGCCACCGCCGCCGCCUCCCACUCGGACAAGUCAUCCUGACGGUCGCCGAAGCAGCGUAUCCUGUUGUCGAUGCCGGCGUCGACACGGUGCUAACAGCGUACACGCGAACCGGUGAAGCAGCUUCGCACGCGAUAGCCACUGCCCGCGAUCUUCUUUUUCUCCACGGGCUCGUUGCUACGCUCGCUGCCAUCUCAAGAGCAAGUUUGCUGUUGCACCAAGCGCACGGCCGUCUCAGACGCGCGACGCGGUAUCUCUACAUGCAUGGGCUGGUUCCGGGGCUCGCCUUUUUGCGGUUGCUGCUCCGGCAACUUCGACGAUCGCUCUGGAGUGCCCGCGACCGACUCGGACACUUUGCCCGCGUGCUCUACUGGGGCUGCAUCGUCCCUGGUGCCUAUCUGCUGCGCGAUGUGAUUACGCGCGCGCUUCAGUGGUCGUGGACGUUGUUGUUGGCGGCGACACGAUGGCUACGCACCAGCUUUGCGACGUACGUCCUGCUGCCGCUCGAAGCUGCCAUCGUUGCGGCCAUGCACCAAGCCAUCGAAGCGCUCGUCGCAAUCAAGCACUGCAUCGAAGCUGCUAUCGCCUACGUCCAAGGGCUCGCCGUCUCUGCGUGGUAUUGGGCGACAGCCACAGUACUGUGUCUCGUCAAUACCCUCGUCAACCGCGCACAGGGGACACUCGCGUGGCUCGGCAAUGUCAGCUAUCAUCUCUGCAUGCAUAUUGUCCUGCCACACCUGCACUCGCUCGCCGUAGCCACAUGCACGGUCGUUGAACGCAGCUUCGCAUGGCUCCAACAAGUCCUACGACAGCUUUACACUUUGUGCUGCGCCCUUGUCCAAACGCUGGCCCCACCGAUCUUGCACGUCUACUACUGCGUCGUGUACCAUGCCGUCGACAUCGCCGCCACCGUCCUUCUGGCAACGGUGUACAAGCUCCACGCUUGUUUCCUCUUAACACGCGACGUCACUCUGCGUCCGCUCGCUCGUGCGAUGCAAACUGCAGUCUGCUACGUCGGCCGCACGGUCCUCGAGGUGCUAAGCGUAUCCGCCCGCCACCUCCUGCGUCUCUAUCACGGAUUGGCAACCACAGUCAUGGCCAUCUCGCACCACGCAAGCAUCGGUGGUCGGCGGCUUCUUCUCGCAUUUGCUACCACCGGCUUGCGCGUUGCCGCUCGCUGCCUCGUUGCGUGCGGUCGUCUAUGGCGCGGUUCGCACCGCUGUGUCGUGUGGCUCCUCGACGCCGUCUACCGACUGUACUUCGUCGUCCGCAGUCUUUUUCAAGCAUAUGUUGUGCCACUUGCGCGUGCCACGUGGCAGUGUCUGGUCGCGACAGCGCUCUGUGUGUGGCGAGCAGCCAAGUACAUCUCGAGCGCAGUCUGGAGUGGUCUCGUUGCCGCUGCGGUUGCGAUGCGAGCUGCGUACACGUACCUACGCAUCUCGGACCAUGCCGUGGCGGUCUAUGCAUCGAUGGUCGCACUUCUCGCUGCGGUGUGGGCGGCGAUGUGGGCGGCGAGCGUUUGGACGUCGGCGGUCAUCGUAGCCGCGUCGCAAACAGGGAUGGCAGUUGUCGCGGCCGCCUGGGUCGUAGCCACGUCUGUAGUUGUGCAAUUGGCGCAAGUGACGUCGGCGAUGGCUUGUCAGCUGAUCGACGUCGCCUCUGCGAUCACGUCGGCGACAGUGCAAGUGGCCUAUGACGUGGCCAGCGAAAUCCAACGCCUGUGCGCUCUUGGAGCAAAGGUCCUCUAA